AGACGAGAUAGGCAUGGCUCCUGCAGUAGCUACAGCUUCCUUCUGCCUUUGAAGCAGCUGAGUUACUUCCAACUGUAUAAACUCAGAAGAGAAGGCAGCUUGAACAAGGAGCUGGCAAGGAGCCAGAAGUUCAGCACUUGCCAACAGGCAGAGUAAGCAGCCGUGACUGAACCUUAUCCAAUGAAAAAAUACCAAGGCAGGGAAUUUCCCCCAAGGCGCUCGCCGGGAAAUUCUGUUCCCUUCUCCACCCUCCAGGCCCAGACUUGCAAAAUCCCCAACCUCCCUCUCUUUCCCCUCCCUUCUCUGCCUCUCCUCUCCAGCUGAUAAAUGUCCAGGAGUAACAAAGUACUUCCUCAUUCUCUUCCAAGCAAAGGGAAGCAUCUGUAGUUCCUCCAGCCAGAUGCUGCCUGCAGCUGCAGCUGCGCUCAGUAAGUGACAAGGAGGGGUGGAAAUACCACAGGCAGCAGAGUGUGGAAGGUAAGUGGCAAUUUAAAUUGAGAACUUGACAAAUCUCACUAUUCCCCUGGGAAACCCACCGAAGUGUUUGCAGAAUGCUUCAGUUCGCACCUUCUUUAUUGAAUGUGAUAUUUUAGAAACGGGCACCCUUUUCAAGUUAGUCUCUGCUGGGCACAGAUGCUAUGCAGUGGCUAAUCCAAACUUGUUUCUACUUUCCUCCUGCUGUUGGAAAUGAAAAAGAAAAGGGCUUGCGUCUCUUUGGUGACACUGCAAAAUGUGAAUAAAUGGUCCAAAAGUGUCAUUCAAGGCCAGACUAGACAUACAUAGGCAACAAAGGAUCCUGUGGCAACUUUUUAAAAAUGAACAAAUGGGAAAAGCUUUCUGGGACUUAAGAGUCCAUGUCAUCCCAUGAAGUGGAAUGCAGACCUUUUCUAAUAUGUCAGUUUUGGUUUUUCUCUGUUCCUCAUUUUUCCAAUCUUAAAUUCACAUCUACACAUUUCCACAUCAGUUUGCGAUAUUUUUUUUAAGGUUCUCAUGAAAAUUCAGCAGCACUUCAGUGCGAUUUUCUCAGACACAUUUUUUGUGUUCGAUUUAGCCCAAUAUGCACAUUUUGGAAAACCAAUUUACCCUAAUACAGCACAUUUGUAUGUUAUUUUCACCAAUACAUGCAUUGCUGUGCACACUUUAUACUAGUAUAUGCACCUUUACUAUAUACAUUACUUAUCCAAAGAACUGCAUUGCAAAGUUCAGAGAAGGGCAGGUUUCGAAAGAUGGCUUUGUUUUUCCCCGUUUUGAAAGAGGAAAAGGCACUCCCAGGAUUGGCAAAGUGGCAGAGCAGUGGGAAAGGUGUUAGCAUUCCCUUUCUCAUCACACAUCUCUGAUCCCCAUCACCCCUCCAGAAAUGGCUUCUCCAGUUUUGGGAUUGUACCAUGUGCAUCUGCCCCCAAGGCACUGGAAAAUUUAGUCUGCUUUGCCAUCCAACAAGAACAACAACAACAAAUCCACUGUGAUGGAGUCACCUCUUCCAGCAUUGGGUUUUGGGUACCACUGGGUAUUGGGUACCAGGCCUGUGUGUAUUUUUGAUGUGCUUAAUGCAAGAUCUGAUUUCCUUAUGUAUAAAAUUAUUUAUAUACUGACAUACCAUAAAAUAGCAGAGUAGUGUACAACAGUAAAACAUUAAACACCGUAAAAAGCAUCUCCCACUUCAUGAUUACCUAAAACCAUUACAUAUGGCAGUCAUGGAGCUGCCCUGUUUUCAGUCUCACUUGCGAUUAUGUGGUUCUGAUGGCUUAUGUGGGGGCUUUGUUUUUACACAUGUAUAUAUUUUCUUUUGAUAGUGUUUCUAUGGUUUUGUCAUGGCCUUUGCUAGUACAAUAAAAUCUUAUUUACCAUUACAUAUGUGGGAUGCAAGAGAAAAUAAUCUGUUUUCUAUUAUCUUUAUUUGUACCCUCAGAAGGUAGGCUUUAAAUGUUAUUUGCUAAAUUGCUGUCGCUAUGUUGUAUUACAUUUCUUAUUAAGCAUUAUGGCUAGUGUGCCAUGAUUGUGCUGGAUCCAAGCUAAGCGCACCAAGUUCCCAUUAAAAUUAAUGGGGCUGAGGCUAAAGAUUGGCUAAGUUGCCCCACUGAUUUCAAUAGGGCCUAAGUUCAGUUAGCUUGGUCUAGAUCAGUGGUUCCCAACCUUUCUUUGGCCAUGCCCCACCUAAGCAUCUCUAAAAUCCUGAUGACCGCCCCCCGUGACAUAUAAUUCUUAUUAUUCAAAAAGUGAACCGCAAUUCACGUGGAGGAAGCCUAAAAGUCCAUUAACUGUUAAUAACUCAUUCUCAAAUUGCCCCCCUUAAAAAUCAAAUUGCUUCCCUGUAGGGCGUGUGCCCCACAUUGGGAACCACGGGUCUAGAUCUAACCUACUUUAUUCAUAGCUCGGUUGGUUACAGCAUAGCGCUGAUAACUCCAGAGUUGCAGGUUCAGUCCCUGUAUAGGACAGCUACAUAUUCCUGCACUGCAGGAGGGGUGGACUAGAUGAUCCUCAGGAUCCCUUCCAAGUCUACAAUUCUAUGAUUUUAUUAUGUCCAGCCCAUGAAUAAGGAUUGUGGAGGGCAGUCCAUCUAGUCAGCGCAUCAGCAGUAACCAAAUACCACUGUCUCAUGACCGACUUCCCUGAUCACAUCAGUCCACUUAAAAUGGGGGAGGGGGAUGAGAAGGGAAGAAAAUGCAAAAGCUCGUUUACUAAGUUAUAUGUGAAACAGCUGUUCUUUAAAAAAUGUAAAUAUAAAUGAUACUGUAACUGAAUCUGCAAGCAUCUUAGUAAUAUCAAUAGCUCAAGUUUUAAUCCUUUCUUUGCAGUUGUAGCACAUCAUUAAUCCAGACAACCACUAUUGACAGUAUUUCAUCUCAUCCCUGUAAAUCUGCACUUUUAUUAUUAUUAUUUUUUAAAGUCACUCACUUUUCAGAGAGUUGUAAAAAAGAAAAUUAAAUGAUACAUUGAAGUAGCAACCAUUACAUUAUUUUUAAGAAGGAGAAAGACGAGAUAUGACCUUUCCAAGCUCCUAGAAUGGUUGGUAGGGGUGAUUUAGAGUCAUUUUAAACAGUAAUAGCAAAGGAAGUGUUCCAACUGCAUACUAAAAUAUUUGCAUGCAAUCUCAAGCCAUAGUCCACAUCACCCGAUGCACUAAAGAAAGUAACUAAUGAAUUGAAAGCACCAGACCAGUGAGGUUCUUGCAAAUGUACUCUGUGGUACACAGGUGGAUUUUCAGCAUACUGGUUCCUUGAACAAAACAUCUGCAAAGCUGGACAGGGAGGUUUAGUUUGUAGAUGAGGCUUGCUAUCAGUGUUGCGCCCUAUGUAUUAAUGACCUAUAUCCACACCCAUGCCCUGCUUUUUAUGCCCACGCAUAUGCACAGUACAUAUUAUACCACUCAGAAAGAAAACCCAGGGUUACUCAUUUAAACUGCAGCAGCAUAGAUAAUAGGAUUUGUUUUGUUGUUUGUAAGAAGGAGCACUGACAAAACUGUCAAAAUAAUGAGGAAUAACGUGAGUCAUAGAAGCCAACUCCUAGGGGCCCAGGUCCCUUUGACACCCCCCCCCGAAUAAAAUAUUUGAGGGGGGCAGGCCCCCCAAAGUUGAUGAGCAUUGCCAUUCAAAUGGUGUGUGCAUGUGCCACAUCAUGUGAUUGAUUGUGCAGGCGGGGCUUACCUGCCCCCCCAGCCAAUAUUUUAUUCACGUUGGCACUUCUGACCUGAACUUGUUUUAACUUGUUCAUAUAAGAUUUAGAGGUAGGGGCGAGCAGUCAGGCAGCUGGUACCCAACUGCCAGUACUCAAUUGCUGCUGGUAACCAGUUGUUCAGGAUGGCUAAAACAAAAACGGACUUCAGGGAACUCCAGAUGAACCUCUACAAACGGGGUGAAUGUGCAGUGAAAUGGCAAAUGCAGUUAGAUGUGAAGAGUACAGGAAUGCACACUGGAGCAACCUCCCCGCCCCAUACAAAAAGUUCACUGGACUGGACUGAACAGGAGGAAUGGGAAAUGAGCCCUCGGUCUGAUCAGCUCCUCUCAGAAGAGGAGGGGGGAAGCCCCCCCUUCCCUACAGUUUCAGAAGGAGGAGGAGACAGGGCUGCUUCACAGCUGCGUGAAGAAAUGCCUAGCUUCAAGAUAGUAGAGGAAGAGGGGGGAGUUAGAGAGCAGCCCGAAGAGACCUCCCUGGAGAGCCUGGAAGACCCUCUUUUACCAAGGGCUCAUCGGUUCCCACACAUUUAAGAACAAAGGAUGCAAAGUCAAGUCACCUUUAUUGGCAUCACAUAAGAACAUUCAGAAUACAUUCAGAAUAGAUAAGGCCAGUGCGAUAUUGUCGCCACCCCAACGGAACAGUCACCCGCCAAAGGGCAGAAGAGGCGAACAAUCCGCCUCAUCUCUGGGGGCUUCCAGCAAGGGCAGGAUCCUGUAGCAUAUUUCGGUGGCAAAAAAUCAAAUAGAGGAACUUAGCUACUGUCUUGGUGAGCUCCUGAUCUCUCCCCUGUAAUAAGAAGUGCAUAACCUCCGUCUCUGGUUUCCAUGUUGGAAUACAUAGACGGUCUAGAAAUUGUUGGCAGAGAUCAUCAUACAUUUUACAUUUAAGGGCCAUGUGAGCUAGAGUUUCCACCAGGUGGGCAUUGCAUGGGCAGAUCCUAUCUCCUUCUGCCAAACCCGAAAACCUACCCCAAAGGAUGCAAAGGAGUAUGACUCCUGGGACUUCCCGUGGGUUCCCAGGAUGUUGUGGGAGACGGAAGAGGGGGGCUCAGAGUAGCCAACGUCUCCUAUGCAUAGAGACAUGGGUCUUUUGUCUUGCAACCAGAUGACUGAAUAAAAAGCCAUAAAAUACGAACUGUUUGUUCUUCUCGCCUCUGAGGCUACCGGGGGAGGAGAAGAUACUGCAUGCCUGACACAUAUACGCUGAUGGGAUCUGAACUGGUGGUGGUUGACCAGAAACAAGACCUUGGGGUUGUAAUGCAUAGCUCAGUGAAAAUUUCAACCCAGUGCAUAACAGCUGUGAAAAAGGCAAAUGUUGUUCUAGGGUAGGGUUGCCAUACAUCUGGAAUUUCCUGGACAUAGCUGGGAUUUGGCCGUCAGAAACUGUCCGGGUGGAAAUCACUGAAAUGUCUGGGAAAAUCCGAAUGUAUGGCAACCUAUGUUGGAAGUGUAGAUUUUGGUGAAUUUCCUUAAAAAUAGCUAAACAAAAAACCAACAACAACAGCUCAACAACUUUGGCCCAAAAUGAGGUUUUUAUUGUUGUUUUUAGAUUCUGCAAAAAUAAAUAAAUCACUUUUUGAAAUAUGGCAACCCUAUGCUAGGGAUCAUUAGGAGAGGGAUUGAAAACAAAUCUGCCGAUAACAUGCCACUGUACAAAUCUGCAGUGCGACUGCCCUUGAAAUACUGUAUACGGUUUUGAUUGACUCUACAGAGUCAAUCUGUAGAGUAAACUCUACAGAGCUGGAAAUGUUUCAGAAAAAAGAAAACAAAAAUGAUUGAGGGGGUGGAGCUACUCUCCUUUGAGAUAAGGUUACAACACAGAGAACUGCUGUAUUUUUCGCUCUAUAAGAUGCACCUAGUUUUUAGAAGAGGAAUACAGGGGGGAAAAUAUUCUGAAUCAAAUGUUGUUGAAGAGGCUUUGUGUUGCUUUCGCUGAAGCCAGAACAGCAAGAGGGAUUGCUGUGCAGCAAUCCCUCUUGCUGUUCUGGCUUCAAGGAUAGCUGCGCAGCCUGCAUUCGCUCCAUAAGACGCACACACAUUUCCCCUUACUUUUUAGGAGGGAAAAAGUGUGUCUUAUAGUGUGAAAAAUAUGGUAAAAGGCUUAGAGAAAACACCAGUAAGAAGAGACAUGAUAAGGGAUGCGUAAAAUUACGCACAGAAUGGAAAAAGUAAAACGGGGGAGGGGGAGAGAGAAAGUAAAAUUACGCACAGAACAGAAAAAGCCCUUCUCAUACUACUAAGCUAGAACAUCCAGUGAAGUGGAAUGUUGGUGGAUCAAGGAUGGACAAAAGAAAGUAGUCCUUCACACCAGGGCAUAGUUAAAGUAGGAAUCUGCUCCCACAAUAUGUAGUGAUAGCCACCAACCUAAGAUUAGACAAAAUUAGGGUGCACGCAGCUGCUAACCUAUACCUACUAACUGCAAUGGCCAUGGUCUCCCUCCCGUGUCAGAGGCAGUGCGCCUCUUCACGCUGGUUGCUGGAAGUCAGAAGUGGGUGGGUGCACUCUGGUCAUACCUCCAGGCUUCCUGCGGCCUGUGCUUGGACACUGUAAGGACAUGGUGCUGGAUUAAUGGGCCUUUGGCCUGAUUCAGCAGGGCUCUUUUUAUGUGUUUGAUGGAUGUAGUGGCAUCUUCCCCAGAGGUGUUUUGUGUGGUUUUUAAAGAAGAGAAUUGGUUAAAACAAAUUAAGAAGAAUGGUUUCAGCAUGCUGUUUGUUGCCUCUGUGUAGGAGGGUGAACCGGAUGCCUUUUAAUUGCUUUCCAGCCAAGCCCGUAAUUAAAAAGGAAAGCAUGGAUACUUGCGAGAGGUUUCUGUUUUUAGUACCAUGGUCCCUUUUGAGCACCCAAACAUCUUGUUGCCUAAAGAGGACUGAGACUUUACCAGAGGAGCAGAGUCAACAGGUGCAAAAUAUUGUGGGCUGGCCAUACCUGUAACUGCUAUGUUGAAGAUAGAAUUUCAACAAAUGCAGCAGCUUUCAUCAUCCCUACAUGACAAGACACCUACUAAACGUCCCUGAGCUAGGAAACUUUCCCUCCAUAUGUUUUUAGACUCCAACUCCUAUCAUCCCUUACCAUUUCUGCUGGAGGUUGGAGUCCAACAACAUCUGAUCAUCUCUGAACUAGCUCUCAAUCUGUAAAUACGCUGAAAAAUGUAAGGCUGAAGUCCAUAUUUACUUAUUAUAAAUCCUAAUAUUAGCAUGAUGCUUUUCAGGACACUGGCCUUCUAAAGCAGCUCACAUAAACAAUGGCCUGACUCACACAUCACUGUAAUCCAUAGUUGAGCGUAGCUAUAGUUUACAGGUUCAUUGGGCUUUGCUUUGCUCCUCCUUCUCAUAGAAUCAAAGAACUGUAGACUUGGAAGGAACCCUGAGGAUCAUCUAGUUUUCCCCAAUGUUGGGUCUUCAGCUGUUUUUGGACAACAACUCCCAUCAUCCCUAGCUACCUAGCUAGCAAGACCAGUGGUCAGGGGUGAUGGGAAUUGAAGUCCGAAAACAACUGGAGGCCCAAAGUUGGGAAACACUGAUCUAGUUCAACCUCCUGCAGUGCAGGAGCCUCAACACGCUUCUUCAAAUUAAAUCAUUGUCUCUGUCCAAACAAACCACAAACUGUAGCCACAAGGUUUGUUUGGGGGAAACAAAGCUCAAGCUCAGGUUCAGGUAUAAUGCUAAGCCCAUCAAUAGCUUAGUUGGUGGCCAGCAGCAGGAACAGAGGAGAAUCAAAGUGCCUGCAGUUUUAACACCAUGCUACAUGUUCACCUUUGGGACACGGGUGGCACUGUGGGUUAAACCACAGAGCCUAGGACUUGCCGAUCAGAAGGUUGGCGGUUCGAAUCCCCGCGAUGGGGUGAGCUCCCUCUGCUCGGUCCUUGCUCCUGCCAACCUAGCAAUUCGAAAGCACGUCAAAGUGCAAGUAGAUAAAUAGGUACCGCUCCGGCGGGAAGGUAAACGGCAUUUCCGUGUGCUGCUCUGGUUUGCCAGAAACGGCUUAGUCAUGCUGGCCACAUGACCCGGAAGCUGUACGCCGGCUCCCUCGGCCAAUAAAGCGAGAUGAGCGCCGCAACCCCAGAGUCGGUCACGACUGGACCUAGUGAUCAGGGGUCCCUUUACCUUUACACCUUUAAACCAUACUUAAGUUUAACCAUCGUUUAUAAAGUGACAUGGGAUCAAGGCCACUCCACUCAUCACUUAUUUUAAUGACAUAACUCCAAACAUCUAUAUCGGGGUGGGGAACUGGUGCCCCCCCCAUGCUGUUGGCUGGGGUUGAUGGGAAUUGGGAGUCAAACAACUCUGGAGGGCCCAAGCUCUCCAUCUCUGAUCCAUAUGUGCAGGACCCAGCCUGCUCCAGCUCCACCCAGCUAAUCUACUUUCCUGCGGUUUCCCUCCAGUGAUUCACUCAGAGACCAACUAUUCCUCACUUGCCCUGCUUCUUCUAGCAAUUCUUGUUAUUCAGGUGCAGACUGUUCCCUUUGAAAGGACGGCUCUUUGUUUGUUAUCCAUCCAGGCUCCAGUUACAGAUCCAAGUUCUUGAGUCAGCUGUCAUUAUUUCUUUCCCGUCUGUGUGUUUUCAGAUUGUGGCAGAAGAAUGUCUUUUGAUCUGAAAGCACAAGGGGCUACAUUAUGUGGCACUCAAAGCCCUGAGGAGCUGCAUGUGCACUUGCUGUGGAAAAGGCCGAUAUACACUUCCAGACAUGACAAAAGCAUGAGAGGCAACAGGGCUUGCUUUACGUGAGCAAACACCUGCUGCCCCAGUGAGGAAUGGAGAGGUGGAAAAUACGGUUUGUUGUGUGCCACACACACACAUGCGAAGACAAAUCGUAUAGACACUAAAAUAAAGUUUUGAUGUCCUAGCCAACCCUGUAUUUGGGGGGUGAAGAACCCGCAGUUCUCCAUAGGUGCCGAGAACUGUAGUUCAUCAGCAACAUCUGCAUGGACACAGGUUUUCCAUCCCUGCUGUAGCUUGAUUUGUAGUACACUGCAACAUGUUAAAGAAUUGGCCUGCAACUGACCUUUAGAAGUACUAACAAUAACUUGGUGUGAAGAGACAUGCAUCACUACCUGCUCAUUUUGUUUUCGAGAGUAACCUUGUUAUAAAAUCAACAGAGGCAAAGGCACCCAUCAAUAUGACGGGCUGUCAGUUCUGCCUUAUAAGCCCAUGAGUGCAGUACAUUUUUGUUAGGAAGAGCAAAGCACUGCAUAUGAAAACACAACUUGGGAGUGAAAAUCUCCUUCCCUACUGCCAGCAGCAUCCUGGUUAGCACUUGGGGUCUUUGCAUAGUUUAGGGUUGGUGCUGGAGGAGAAUAGAGUCCUUGUGCCUUUAACAGCUGUGUAGCAGGCAGAUAUUCAGCAGCUUAGGUCUCUUCUAGUACGGAAAUGCAAUUAUGGGAAGAGCUUUACCUGAUGUCAUUAUGUCUGUCAGGCAUCUUAUUUUAUCUCUGUGUAGCUACUGACAUGUUUUUCUUACACACACCCAAGGCGACGUGGUCUAAAACACGGAGCCUCUUGGGCUUGCUGAUCAGAAGGUGAGCUCCCGUUGCUCUGUCCCAGCUUCUGCCAACCUAGCCAUUCGAAAGCACACCAGUGUAGGUAGAUAAAAAGGAACUGCUGCGGUAGGAAGGUAAACAGUGUCUCCAUGCACUCUGGCACUCAUCAAAGUCCUCCAUGUUCCAGUAGCGGUUUAGUCAUGCUGGCCACAUGACCCGGAAAAGCUGUCUGCGGACAAACUCCUGCUUCCUCGGCCUGAAAAGCGCCUUUGACUGGACUUAACCAUCCAAGGGUUCUUUACCUUUACCUACAAACAUCCAUUCUAACUGCAACAGAGGAUACAAAUUUGCAUAAGCAUGUUUUGCUAUUGUCCUUUCCUUUAAUCUCCUGUAUGAGUUUAUCUUUAUGUUAGAAGCUCUUUUGUAGUACCUUACAUUAGUAAGUACUAAGAGGUCACACACUGUGUUUUUGCAGGCACUUUACCAGCAGGAGCUGGCAGCAAGACCCAAUUGCAACAUCAAGGAACUUCCCGGUGUCAAACUAGAGCCAGAGGUGUUGUUUUAGCCGCUUGGCAUAAUGGUUAUGACAUCCUGCUACGGCCAAGGUCGUCAUGUAACUAACGCCUCUGCUGUUAGAAGCACAGUUACCAGGAAGCCCAUGAUUAUGCUGAAUGCUAUGGGCUUGCAGUGAGAGAUGUAGUCAACAAUUACCAGAUGAUCAGAAGCAGAAUCUUAGCUAAAGGCUAGGGGUGGGUGGAGAAGUUCAGUUUGGCUCAAAUUUUAAUGCAAACCUGCCUAAUUCCUAUUUCCUGAAACCAUACACAAAACAAAAACACAGCUGUCUUUUCAAAUUUCCAUUUCUAAUUCUGUUGUGCAGUUCUCCAGCAGAAAAUAAAGUGUACAAAGAUGCUUUUAUUAGAGGUGAAAUGUGCACAAAAAGCAACAAAUUAGGAAGAAGAGGAGGGGCGGGAGGAGGAGGGGGAGGAGUUUGGACUUGAUAUCCCACCUUUCACUCCCGUUAAGGAGUCUCAAAGUGGCUAACAAUCUCCUUUCCCUUCCUCCCCCACAACAAACACUCUGUGAGGUGAGGCUGAGAGACUUCAGAGAAGUGUGACUUGCCCAAGGUCACCCAGCAGCUGCAUGUGGAGGAGCGGGGAAUCGAACCCGGUUCACCAGAUUACGAGACUACCGCUCUUAACCACUACACCACGUCUUAUAUUUGAAGGAAAAAUGCCUUAUAUUUGAAGGGGACACUGAAUACCAAAAUGUGUGCAUUGGGCAAAAUUGAAUAUAAAGAUGUGUAUAUUGGGGGGGAGGGGAUGAGUACUAAAAUGCUGGUGCAUUUUCCUGAGGGGAAAAAAGAAUACAGAAUGAUACUGAAAUGUGGUGACCUGAAAACUGGAAAAAUGAGAAACUGAUAGACAUCAACAUGGGGGGGGGGGGGAAUCACCCGUCCCUAAUCAUGGAGUGGGAUGGGGAGGCAUGGAGGAUCAUUGGUCACAUGGUAUAGAACCUAGAAGUCAACAAAAGCUUAGGCCAAAACAAAUCUGCUGACCUCUAAGGUGCCACAAAACGUUUUGCUGCAACAAACGACAGCUACUCUGCUGAAAGCUGUAACUGGCCACAAGCCGUUAUUACCAGUUUUAGCUUAUUACCAGUAUUUCUGUACUGUCCAAGAACAAAGGUUUUUGUGAAAAAUAAAACCAUGAGAUCUAAAGUAAAAUACAAUAAAAAGAGGAAAUCUAAACAUUGUGAAACCAGAGUCACUGUAAAACCAGCAACUGAGAAUUACAUCAGCGCAAAGGAUAAAAAUCACACUGUUGAAAACUACCAUUAUUCGAGAUACCUAUUUUUUGUAUCCCCUACAAGUCAGAAACCUGCAUUGUUGCAGUCAAGUGUAUAUUUUAACACCAUGCAUGAACACACACACACACACACACACACACAUACACACCCUGCUCAGUCCUUUGUAAGCCUGGCUCUACCUUUGAAACUCCCUGGACUUUAUGAGCUCGUUUCCAAUUCACUCCGCAGUUGACUGGACUGGAUUAACGCCUGAUACUUUUAGACCCUGAACCGUUCAACAACCCUGGAAAUGCAAAGAAAACGACUCAACUUUUAAGCCUGGUCUUAUGUAUUUAUGGGAACAGGUUGAGGCGAUGAGAUUUGCAGCUCUUUCAGUAGUUUGUUAUGAUUUAGACAACAUUAAGCACAUCUUUUUAGACCUCUGCUUCAUAUGUCUCGGGAACCUCCAGGCAGCGUUAGUAUUCUCCUGAUAAAAGGCAGAGAUGUGAGGAGCAGAACAGCGGCACAUUCUCCACAAGAGGAUUUAUCACCUCUAACAAUUCGUUUUAUCUGCUGUGUCAAAACUCACAGCGCAGAAUCUUUUUGCUGAAAGUAUGUGCACCGGAGAAAGGGGAUCAUUUCCUUAAAAAAUAAAUUACACUGAUAAAUUUGCUGCAUUACGAGCCUGGCCCUUGGAUCCCCCCCCCCCCCUGUUUAUUUUGUAUUUCUCAAUGUGCACCUCAUAACAGAAGGCUCUUAUAAUUCAUCCCUCCCCCCCCCAUUUUAAGUUGGACAUUCAUUUCCUAGAUGUAGCAAUACUGGAAAAACAAAAGAGAGUAUGAAUGAAGAAAGAAUAAGAAGAGGAAAACAUGGGAAUUCCAACCCCUUUCUCUACCCCCCAGCCCCACCCCAAUUAGUGUUUCUGGGAAAUGUAAAAAAUAAAUAAAUUGCACAUUAGCAAUGCUAUAUCAAGUGUGUUUGCUAUGACUCUUGUCUCCCAUGACUAUUCAGUAGAAGUGGGCAACCUUUUUCAGAUUGAGGGCCUCAUUCCUAUCUGGGGGUGUCACAUGAGAGUGGUGGGUGGAGCCAGCAGCGAAGGUGGCCAUUUAAAGUAAUAUUUACCUCUCUAUCCUCCAUCUGGGCAACCAAGAGGCAUGAUGAGGGUUCAAGGACACCAGCAAAAAUAUGAAGUAAAGCACCAAGCAGGAGUGAUGAGGUGUGUGUGGCCUGCUGAUAGUCACAAGGGUCAGACAGGGAGGUCUAGAGGGCCACAUUUUGUUCCUCAGGCCUGUGGUUCCCCACUACAGUGGUACCUUGGGUUACAUACGCUUCAGGUUACAUACGCUUCAGGUUACAGACUCCGCUAACCCAGAAAUAGUGCUUCAGGUUAAGAACUUUGCUUCAGGAUGAGAACAGAAAUCGUGCUCCGGCGGCAGGAGGCCCCAUUAGCUAAAGUGGUGCUUUAGCUUAAGAACAGUUUCAGGUUACGAACGGACCUCCGGAACGAAUUAAGUACUUAACCUGAGGUACCACUGUACUUUACAGUUCCCCACGGCAUUACAAGGAUGGGGUACCUGUGGGCCCUCCAGAUGUUGUGGUUCAACAACAUUCAAAGGGCCACAGGUUUCUCAUCCCUGCUGUUUGGGCUUGAUCCUCGGAGGUAAAACGAGGCUGCGCAUACAUUGCUGUUUUUCCUAGUAGUCAGUGACACCCUUGGCAUUCCAAAAGCUAUCAAAAAGGUCAGUUUUGAUUACAUAACUCUUCAGCACAAGAGGGCAAUAAAAAUUAUUCAGGACGUGGGGGUUUUUUGGGUGUGGGGUGCAUUCAAAGUUUUUGAGACCCCUCAGAAAAGGGGUUUGAAUGCGUCUACUCUUGAGUAUGACAAAGUUUUGGUCAGAGUAGACCCAACUUAGCCCUUGGGUGGUACAGUGGGUCAGUGUGUUAACCAGGGAUGACUGUGGACAGGAUUCCCUCAUUACAAGGGUUUGGAGUAGAUGACCACUGGGGUCCCUUCCAACUCUACAAUUCUGUGAUUCUAUAUUCAUUAAUUUCAGUGGUUCUACUCUGAAAAGCAUCCUGCAUUUUGUCUCUUCGGACCUAUUUUUUUCCAGGCAUGUGCACAUUUAUGUAGGUUUAAUCAGCGAGGGCAGCCCUAAAACAUACCCCCUUGGCAACUCUAGUCUUCCCCUUUUUAUUCCAAUUUUGGUGAGAAACAGGGAGAAGGUAAAGCCAUAGUUAGGAAAAUAUAUAUAGUGUGUACUAAAUGCUGUUUCACUUAUUUAUAGAAUUUCUAUAGCAUUUAUUUCCCACAAGAAAAACAAAUAUAUCUCUUUAGUAUUUCCUUUUCAAGCACAGGUAUAUAGCCAUAAGGCUGACAUAAAAGCAGAAAGACAAAGUUGCAAAGCAAAUCCAUGCUGCCACCUAGUGGCCAAAUAGGCUCUCAACAUUCCUAAAGCUAAAAGUUUCCUGGGGGUUUAUCUGUGCAUUUAUUGCACCGAAUUGUCCCCAGCUAGGGAAGUAGCAUAGAUUGUUUGAAUUCUCUCAGGCUGUUGUAAAGAAACUGGGUUUUUGUUUUUUGGUGUGGGUAGGGUGGGGUGUUGCUCUCAAGUCAAGGAAUUACUAAGGAAGUAAGAUCCAUUCAUAAUUUCAUAGCCCAUCUUUCUAAAGCUGAACAGCAUCCAAACAACUUGGACGUUUCUUUCUGGGUGGGGUAGUGAUGAUUAGCGUUGUGCCCAAAAUAUUACCCCACAUUUCCUCCCUGCCCUACUAUUCCCCAUCAAUAAAGGAGGAAAUAAAUAACAUUCAAAAAUUGUUAAAGGGGAGAGGAAAUUUUGGUCAAAUUAUCACGGGUGGCGUCUAGCAUUCCCCCCUCCCCCCCCCAUGUUUACUUGACUUUUGAGGUGGCCAAGGUCUGAUACAGACGAUUUUCCUAAAAUAUGGCACCCCUUUAUUUCUAUCAAAUAACUUUUGAAGUCACAAAGGAAUAUAUUUCUUUGACAAAACCAUUUGCUUUGUGGUUUUGCAUUUCCCAAUUUAGGGAAAAAAGAAACUUAGUGAAAUGAAGGUGUACCGUAUUGGCCCGAAUAGAAGCCGCACCUUUUUUUUUUGCCAAAUUCUGACUGUGAAAAUGUGUGCAUCUUAUAUUCAGAACUGAGUUCUGCACGCCUGCCUCCUGGCACUACUGCCCUGAACAGGGGGCAGGAUACAGCCGGUGCCGGCUUGGGGAGGUAAUGUCGGGAGGCGGUAGUGCCAGGAAGAGGGUGCACAGUGCGCUCAGAACCGAGCGCUGUCACUGGCCGCACCCCCCACCCCCCAUUCAGGGCGGUAGUGCUGGGAGGCGGCCUGCACCUGCAAAUAAGUCUUGAAUUUUAAAGGUGCAGCUUAUUUGUGGGUGAGGCUUAUAUUCAAGCCAAUAUGGUAUAUAAAAGGAAGGUUCUAGGGACCAAAAAAAAAAAACCCUGAAGCUCUGAUUAAAAACAACAAAUUCAUGUAAACACACAGUUCCACACAGAUCUUUGCAUGAAAACUACACGUAGUUUUGCAAAGAGGUUUUAAGCUGAGGUUAAGUUCAGAACAACAAGUCACAUAACAGAAGCACCUCCUGUGUUUUGUGCUGGAUCCCGAGAAUACUUGCAAAAGGAAACUGCAUAAUCCCCCCCACACACACACACACUUGAAUCUCUCAAGAUACUGAGAGCAUCAGAAAGUCUUUUUUCUAAGAUGGCUGGUCUCUUGCUUGUUCUUGCACACCGGUGAGUGAGCUCAAACAGUGCAGUGAAAUUGCUCACUAACAGCAUCCUCUGGAAGGUCUAGUUUCAGAUUCUUGUAAGUUAACCUUGCAGGAUGUGCUGCUGUGCCAAGAGAAGUCAACUAUUAAAAGGAGCAGUAUAUAAAAUAUUAGCAUACCUCAACAGUUUUCAUACCAACAGGCACAUUUCUAACACACACAUUACUGCAGAUUCCAGCAGGAAACAGGACAUAUUCCUGUGACCUUAUACAACCCUCCUUACUGAUCUGUAAAUCACAGAGCUUGAGUUAUUUGAGAACUAAUCUGAGUUAUUUUAUCCCUAGCGAGUGCAGAUAUAAGGUUUAAUAUGUACAAUCUUGUAUAUUAGUAGGUGACCAUCGUGCCUGUCCAUUAUGGAGAAGAACACUACAAUGAUUCCACUGACUACAGAUGUACCUAACAAGAAGGAGACGGUGUGCAUUUUUGGAACAGGCGAUUUUGCAAGAUCUCUAGGACACAAAAUGAUGCAGUGUGGCUAUUCUAUCGUGUUUGGAAGCCGAGGUGCUCAGACUUCUUCUCUGAUCCCUGAAGGAGCCACAGUGCUUUCUCAUGCAGAAGCUGCAGAAACAUCUGCUGUUAUCAUUUUAGCAGUCCACAGAACACAUUACAGCUUUCUGGAAAACCUAAGGGAAGUUCUCCGUGGGAAAGUGCUGGUGGAUGUGAGCAACAACCUCAAAAUAAACCAGUACCCGGAAUCCAAUGCUGAAUAUCUUGCCCAGCUCCUGCCAGGCAGCAAAGUGGUGAAAGCAUUUAACACCGUGUCAGCCUGGGCUCUGCAGUCAGGUGCUCUGGAUGCAAGCAGACAGGUAAUGACAUCUCUGGGGCAAAAGAUGCUCACAUUUAAAGAGACUUGAAAGGUGAAAACCCAGUUCUAGAUCUUCAUUUCGCAACUCCUAAAGCAUUUCUUCCAAGUUCAAAGGCUCUUUAGGUGAACUGCUUAUGGCAUAAUAUAAAACUGUUUCUAGACUGGAGAUCUAACCAUCUAAGGCUGGCAGUCUUAGUUUUAUAUUGUGGCCCCAAAGAGCUGAUAAGAAAGCAGAAAGUUUGCAUCAAGUGAGAAAAGUCCAGCUUUUAAUUUUCUUCUUUGUGGGGAGGAGGGAGGUAAAGGGCACUUAAGGAAAAUCACAAGCCGUAGACCAGGGUUGGGGAACCUGUGGACCUGCUGUUGGACUCAAGCUCCCAUCAGCCUGAGGCAUCAUGGCAAAUGGUAAAGGAUAAUAGGAGUUAUAUUCCAUCACCUGGAGACCGCAUGUUCCCCAUUCCCUGCCCCCAUUUCUGAUUCUUCUGUUUUAGCCAAAUUCUGGUCAGUUGAUAGCCUUCUAAAAACACGAGCUAAUUGUGGGCAUUAGACCUACUCUGGCAAUUCAAACACAGCUUCUUACUGAAGUCAGAGCAGUGUUCGAAAGCAAACACUGGCAAUAAAUAAGGUCUCCCUUCAUUGUGUUGUUGUUGUUGCUGCUGCUGCUGUUUUGCUCCAGGUAUUUGUCUGCGGAGAUGACAGCAAGUCAAAGGAAAAGGUGAUGGAGAUCGUUCGAAGCCUUGGUCUUACUCCAUUGGAUAAAGGGUCUCUCUUAGCAGCAACGGAAAUUGAGAAUUACCCUUUGCAACUUUUCCCGAUGUGGAAAUACCCCAUCUAUCUCUCCCUUGUCCUCAGUGCAUUCAUCUUCUUCUACUGCGUGGUCCGUGAUGUGGUCUAUACUUAUGCUAAGAAACAAGUGGACCGUUCCUUUUUUAUUGCCAUCAGCAUCCCAAACCGGGUCUGCCCUGCUGUGGCACUCAUCCUCCUCGCUCUGGUUUACUUGCCUGGGAUCUUUGCCGCUGUCCUCCAGUUAUACAGAGGUACAAAGUACAGACGCUUUCCAGAUUGGCUAGACAAAUGGAUGCUCUGCAGGAAACAGCUUGGCUUGGUAGCCCUGGCUUACGCUUUCCUCCAUGUUUUGUACACACUCGUGAUCCCUAUUCGGGGCUAUGUACGAUGGAGGUGGAGCUCUUAUGUCAUUGCACAGGUAAGUUGAUGUUGUGCUGUUUCUUCUCCCAUUCCACCACCAGCACUGAGGUCUUUGAACUUUGUAUGGGGAUGUGAUGCAAGCAGGGCUUUGAAGCCAUCAAACAUAGCUGUCAACUUUUCCCUUUUCUUGCGAGGAAUCCUAUUCAGAAUAAGGGAAUUUCCCUUUAAAAAGGGGAAACGUUGACAGCUAUGAUCAGAAACAUCGCAAGGGCUCAGGAUAUCGUGCUUGCUGCUCUCCAUCUGGCACAGAUCAUGCCCUCCCUGCUUCUCCCUAUGCUCCCAUGGAGACAUCCGAAUGUAAAAGAGAGUACAGUGGUACCUCGGGUUAAGUACUUAAUUCGUUCCAGAGGUCCGUACUUAACCUGAAACUGUUCUUAACCUGAAGCACCACUUUAGCUAAUGCUGCUGCUGCGCCGCCGGAGCACAAUUUCUGUUCUCAUCCUGAAGCAAAGUUCUUAACCUGAAGCACUAUUUCUGGGUUAGCGGAGUCUGUAACCUGAAGCGUAUGUAACCUGAGGUACCACUGUAAGGGAUGUUCUCGGGCUUCCAGUAAGAGCAGCCAUUGGUUCUUACUGGGGGGAAACCUCAACUGUUUGAACCCCAGUUGCCAUUUAGAACCUCUAACUACCACCAGCCAUCUUAACAGUAAAAGCAAAAACUACAGGGCCUUUAUCCCAUGCUGCCUCUGGAAGGCAGUUGUUCCCCCCCCCCACUCACAAUACCGUUACCACACUAAGGAUGAAGAGCUGUUGGGAAAGGCUGUGAAAAAAUUCUAAGAUUCUGCUCCUCUGGCACUUUUCUGAUUUACGAUUUACUAGUGCUCUGAAGCCUAGAGACUGUUCAAACACUUCAGUCUUAAAAAUGAAGCCAGAUAAACUCCAUUCACCAACCCCCCCACAUACCCUGCAGUUGGAUUUGGGCCCAAUUCAGAUCCACUGCCUAGUCACCAAACAUGUCGUAUCACAGCAUGGAAUUGACCCCCUCUUGCCUGCUCUUCAUUCAUGACACUGUCCACCAUGUAAGGUUCUGGACCUUUCAGAGGCGGACAUUUGAACAAGGUCUGUGCUUGUCAGGUCAAGCAAGCAAGCACAUCCCACAGGGAAACCUUGUAAAACUUCUGUCACCUGCCAGAAACAAACUUCCCUACACAGCUGACAGAAACAAAUGUUGGCAAAUGUAGAAAAGAGGGAAUUCCAUUUUAUCUCCAGUCUUUACCAUUCUAAGACGAUAGAAAUUUCCUGACUUCUGAUAGGUGCAACUUUUGUCAAUUUGACGUGCACAUACAAAACCUGUCAAGAGCACCUUGAAUAUUUCACAAUAUUAAUUUAAAGCCAUUUUAUAGCUGUAUUUUAAUCUGUCUGUACCUACUGCGUAUUAAAAAGUAUUUUAAAAACUUUUAUCACCUUAGGUGUUGAACAACAAAACAGAACCAUUGAACAAUGAAAGAGCCUGGAUGAGUGAUUCGUAUGUUUCUUUGGGUAUCUUGGGGUUCUUUCUGUUUGUCCUCCUGGGAAUAACAUCCUUGCCCUCUGUCAGCAACAGUGUCAACUGGAGAGAGUUUCGCUUUGUACAGGUAAGAGAGCUUGCUAGCCAGCAAGCUAACUUUUCUUCUUCCUCACUUUCAGUGUGUUCCUAUGGACAUUUCUUCAGAAGUAAAGCCCAAUUAUCCUGGGGCAUCUGGUUGGCUACUGUGGUAAAGAGGAUUCUGGGAUAUAUAGACCGUUACUCCAAUCCAGCGUGGCUCAGGUAUGGAGAACCUGUGGCUCUCCAGACUUUGCUGGACUACAAUUUCCAUUCCUAAUAUAUUGGUUAGGCUGCCUAGGAUGAUGGAAGUUGGAGUCCAACCUCAUAUAGAGGGCCACAUGUUCCCUAUCCUAGUCUUAAUAUUUGUCUGGAAAUGAGAAGGAAAGGGGCCUAACACAAUCCAAACCACCCGUUCAGGAAGUCUUCAAAGACACUUCUCCAGGUUCCCUCAUUUUUGGGAAAUUAAUCACUCCUGCAAGGACUUCUCUGUGGCUGCUGCAGAUAAGAGAUGUUUUGUUCCUACUCCUUGUUUAUGUCAGGGCCAUUUGUUUGCAAAGGUUUCUCAUUAGUCUGAUUGUAGCUUUUAUGAACGACAUAUUGUCGAGUUUGCUUUUUCACAUCUGGGAAAACCAGUAAUCACAGGUUUUAAAAUUAUAAUUUUUAGAAAGUUUUAAAAGUAAAAUACACCAAAAAGCUGGUGGAUAAUCUAAAAAUAGAUUAUACAUACUUUUGCUAAUCCUCCCUAUAGUUCAUUUCAUGUAUCUAACCCAAAGAAGAGAACUGUGCCUCAUAGGCCUGAUUACCGUAUUUUUCGCUCUAUAAGAAGCACCAGACCACAAGACGCACCUAGUUUUUGGAGGAGGAAAACAAGCAAAAAAAUAUUCUGAAUCUCAGAAGCCAGAACAGCAAGAGGGAUCGCUGCGCAGUGAAAGCAACAAUCCCUCUUGCUGUUCUGGCUUCUGGGAUAGCUGUGCAGCCUACAUUUGCUCCAUAAGACGCACACACACUUCCCCUUACUUUUUAGGAGGGAAAAAGUGAGUCUUAUAGAGCAAAAAAUACGGUAAAGGUCCUGCCUUUAUGAUUGAGAGCUUCCUUUGCACACAUUGGUGUUGAAAGUUUGCAUAAACCUGGCAACAAUACAGCAUGUGAAGCCGUUAUCUUAAUGGAUGAACUGCUGCUCAGCCCUGUGGGCAAACUUGCCCAAAGACACAAUGGGCUUCUUUAUCCCAUCUUGACCAAGAAAAUUGCCAGCCGGAAUCAGUAGGAGAAUUGAGUUUUGGUCAUCUGUUGAUAACAGAAUAGAAUGCUUUCUGAUUUGCUGCCAUGUAUCUCAUAAUAAGGAAGCUAGCUUUGCAAUCAUGUUUUGUUUGUUUUCUAGUCUUAUCUGGGCUACUUGACGCUGGUGUUGUGCACUGCCCAUACACUGGUCUACGGUGGGAAGAGGUUCCUGAAUGCUGACACCUACCCAUGGUGCCUUCCUUCCGUUUACAUCCUCUCUCUCAUUAUCCCCUGCAUUGUGUUGGCCAUGAAGUUUUUCCUCAUAUUUCCAUGUAUCGAUCGGCCGUUAACUGAUAUUCGACAGGGCUGGGAAAGAACACCCAAAGGCAUAAGCCAGAUAAACAGCAGCCACUGCAGGUCAGCUGUAUAAGCUCGUAGCAAAUGUACAGUUUCAACACACAUAUCUGCAAUAGCAAAAAAGAGAAGUGCAAGCAAUUUAUACGUGUCGAAAAUAAGCUCAAAAAUUAUGUUUUCCAUUAUUACUCUGCAAUGUAAGGCCCAGCAACUCUCAGCGGCAACUGGUCGAUAUUCAUCUAAGGUGUUUGGAGGACGAGUGCACCUUCCUUUUCUGGAUUUGAGACUGAAGGAAACCAUUAUCGUCUUUGCCCGAUCUCCUCUGUGUAAGAGGAGCCCAACAUGCAGUGGGCCACAUCUGAGAAUAUGAAUUACACUGAUGAUGAAUAAGUUUAGGGCAGCACUCCCAAACCAGAUUGCCUUCAGAUGUUUUGCACUAGUUCCCAUCAACCCUGAUGACUGAUCAGUUCAGAACAUUUGGAGGACAUUAAGUUGGGAAAGGCUGGUCUAUAGACAAAGCAAUAAUAAAUUUGAACUAUGGCUUUUGGUCUUGCUCUGUGCCUUUUCAGAUUUAUGUUCUCUUUCAAAUUUGAGCAGCACUUUAAAGUUUCCUAAAUUGACUAUGCUUUCCUAGGCCAUGUAUACUGGCUACACACCUGCAAUUUCCUUUCAUUGUGAUGGAAGAUGUUCAUGACUUUGUGGAGAAUGUGUUGAUAGUCAAACACAAUGGAACCCCCCCCCCCCCUAUAAAUUCAUGGUCAAUGGACUUUGUGGUUUUGGACUGGAUUUGAAUUGGAAUUUUAAAUUCAUUUUGCUACGAUGGACUCAGGAUCCAACAAAAUCGUUUAAUUAUAGUGUUUCCCUGCAUAUACCUAUGAAUAAGGUUAUGAUUAAGCUGCACUUACAAGCUUAAUCUAUAACAGGCAACUGCUUUUAUUCAAGCUUCUUGGGCUCCGAUACUGCCUACUGCUGUAUAUUAUGUAUUGUAUUUUUUUACCAUUUUUAAUAAUAUUCAGUAAAACAAAUGCCUCGUUUUCCACACAAAAAUCACUAACCGUGGUCAGCGUACCAUAAACAGAUCCUACUCAUAAAGCUCUAUGCAGAAACUUUGCUAACCAACAUUUAUAUUCUGUAUAUCCUGAUCAUCAUAAUAAAGAAAGUUUUAAGAACAAA